CAGUUCCCUCAUUACCACAGGAUGUUGUUUAUCUAUAUCUUAUCUGCGUUGAUAGUCUUCGCGAAAUCGCAGGCCGUUCCUGCCCCAGGUCGCGGAGCUCUAACUGGGUAUUGUGUCACCUCCGAGCACUGCAAACCGAAUGAAUGCUGUAUCAGUUUCACACAGGUCAAGGGCAAAAGAGGUGUGGACGACCUAUCCCAAGAUCUUAUGAAAUUCGUCAAGGGCAAAUGCAGGCCUCUGGGAACAGCUGACUCGAGUUGCUAUGUGGAACCAAGAGAGGAGGAACCAGGGCUGUACCUUGAUAGGUGCCCGUGUGUUAGAGAAAAGUUUUGCAAGGGAACCGGGAUGAUCCUCCCUCCUUUGGGAGAGUCAGGUGUGUGUCGACCAAAGGUCAAGGAAUGUAACGACGCAAAUGACUGCGGUAAAAACGAAUGCUGUGUUAGCAAGGUGCGGCCCAUUGGUAAACGUGACCUGACCAAAAGUUUCUCUGGAACUUGUCAACCGAUGGGAACGACUGGGAGUGGAUGUUUGGUACGUAACGGUUCCGGUCGACCAACAACCAGCGUCUUUUUGUCCUGUCCAUGUAACAAGGGGCUAGAGUGUGAAGGGAAUGGACAGAUUGAUAUACCGAUCGGCGAGUUGGGAACAUGUGAAAACGCAUAUAGACCGAGAGAGUAGCCCGAUGAAUGAUCAAGUCUAACGACUCAGAUAUAUCAUCGUAUGUCUUUGCAUGCUAAGGCGUGUUUGUAUCCAAUAUUUCUUGAAUACAACCGUUAAAAACU